CCUCAAAUCAUUUAAGCGCAUUUGACGAUUGUUUGCCUUUCCACACAGAACAGAAUCUCGAAUCUAGUUAGCCGACAUUUACACUAAAAAUAAACCUAAAUCAACAAUUAAAUAUUGACAAAAAAUAAUAACAAUAAUAAAAAGACAAAAGUGUGUGAAAAGUAAAUUAAAAAAAAGAUCAAUAUCAAAAUGAAGCUGUUGUUCGGUGUGCUGGUGAUCACUUUGGCCCUUAGUGGAGUCUUUACCCUGCCAGCUGGCAACAAUCCGCAGGACGAUGCCGAGGUGAUUAACGUGCCAUCGCGCCCUCAGACCGAAUCGGAUUUCCAUAACUUCCGCGGCGUCAUCGAUACGGGCUCGGGUUAUCCCUUCCUCCAGCCGAAUCCGUCGGGCUUCAAUCUCGGCUUCUUCGACUCCUUCGAUGACCUUUUCCGCCGUCUUCGCACCCGUCUCUGGCCAGUGAUUGGCUCUGAUUCUGCUGAUGAUGGAGCAGCAGAUGACUCGGAUGACUCAAGCGUUGGCAUUGGUUCUGGUUUCUCACUUGGUUUGCCUUUGGCCCCAUUGAAUCCCAAGGAUGGAAAUACGACUUCUACCGUAAAGGUUGUGGAUGGUCACAAGGUGGAGAUCAAUGAGACCGUGUUCGGCAACACCAAUAGCGUGUUCAAGGUGCGCGUCGUUAACGUAAGGCCCCUGGACAGUGGCGAGGAGGUGGCCGAGGGUGUGCACACCAAUGAUGGUGGCUUCCAGCCGGCCAAGGGGCCUGCCACUUCUGCUCCACCGCCGGCCAAGUCCGCGGGACAGGGCGAAUUCGACGAUGAGGUGGAGGAGGAUGGACGCCGGGAGCCACUGGAGAAGCAGGCUAAGGACAAUGAGGUGCGCGAUAUCGACGAGCCCAAGUCUACCACAACCACAACAACAACCGUAAGAUCUACAACAACCACCAAACUUGCCACCAGAUCACCUGAAGACUCCGAAUCGGAAGCCACAGACAUCAGUGAAGAUAUAGUGGAGACUCUGUCAGUUGAAGAACAAAAGAAGACUAUGGAUCAGCUGCAGGAAAUGAUGGCAUCCGUCCAAAAGGAAGUGGAGAAGGAGGAGGCAUUGGAAGAGGAGCACCAGGAGAAGGAGUCCAUGGAGAUGAUGAAGGAGAAAGAGCGUGAGGAAUUCGAUUCCUCUGAUGAUGAAGACGCCGAAACCACAACGCCCGUUGUAAUGAGCGAAACCUUCAACGAUGAGUGGGCUGAAUUCGAUCAGGAUCAAGAACAGGAUCAGGAUCACCAACUGGACAUCGAGGGAGAUUUCGAAAACGAUCUGAACAAUGAUAUCGAUAUCGGCAUCGAGGAGAACUUUGUGCCCGUCGAUCUGUCCAACGACAUAGCGGUGAACGAUGUGGCUGCUGCCGAUCCUGAUUUUCCGCAUAAUCCCGAUGCCGAGGUGUUUGCGCCACCGACUCUCAUUAAGGCCAUGCCGAUGUUCGAGAAGCUCUCAUUAUCAGAGCCCUCCAAGUGAGGUUCCCUUCCAGGA